AUGGAAAAGUUCUUUAAAGCCCCUGAUGAAUUUUCAACUGAAGAUUAUUUAGGCACAAUCGCGAAUCCAUACCAUUUCAGAUCAUGGUGGAAUUCAAUACAAGCUUUAUCGAAAGACAAUUAUUCAUAAAGAGCUUAGUUCUAUCAGAGAGCACUUCAAUACUUGCCAGGGUCAUAUAAGCUAUGGUAUAGUUUCAUUAAGGAAUCAAGGAGAUUUGUUAAGCAGUAGCAAUUUAGUGUAAUCAAUGAUCCUGAGCACUAUGAUAUCGUUAAUGAAAUUUUUGAGAGGGCUUUAGUAUAUAUGACAAAGAUGCCUAAAAUUUGGCUUGACUUUGCCAAAUUUAUGUCUAAACAACUGAGAGUCACAGAUACGAGAAAGAUUUACGAUAGGGCUUUAGUAGCUUUACCAGUUACUCAGCAUUAAUUGAUAUGGGAUCAAUACAUUAUUUGGGCUUCAUCAUUAGAGGAUUACACUGAGACUGCUUGUAAUAUAUACAGAAGAUAUAUAGAUUUCAAGCCAGAAGAUACAGAGUAUUACGUAGAUUAUCUCUUGAAAAAUGAAAACCUUGAGGAGGCAUUAGAUCUUUAUUUGAAAAUUCUUGAAGAUGAUGGUUUUGUGUCUGCAAAGGGAAAGACUAGGUAUCAACUUUGGAUGGAGCUCUGCGAAUUUAUUGCUAAAAAUCCAUAAAGAUGCAAUUUCCAACAGCCUGAAGCUAUAAUCAGACAUGGAAUUAGGAAAUACACAGACGAAGUAGGUAAAUUAUGGAUCUAUCUGGCUGAAUACUAUAUCAGACUUGGGUUGUUUGGUAGAGCUAGAGAUGUAUUUGAAGAGGCAUUGGCUACAAUCACUACUGCUAGAGAUUUUGGAAUCAUAUUUAAUUCCUACAUGAAGUUCGAAGAGUAGAUGGUAGAGGAAGAAGACCAGGACGAGGAUGAAGAUGAUGACGAGAAUGAUGUUGAGGACUAAAUAGAUAUGCUCAUUAAUUUAGCUUUCAAGGAUGUACCAGAGAGAUAGCAUGACUUAGAGAGUGAUUAAGAGACCGAUAAAGUAAAGUUAACUCAUGAGGACAAAAUGAAUGCUAAGUUUUUUAGAUUGGAAAAUCUGAUUCAGAGAAGACCAUUCCUAAUGAGCAACACAGUUCUCAGACAAAAUCCUCAUAAUGUUUAUGAAUGGCUAAAUAGAAUUCAACUCUGCCAAGAUGAUCCCUAUCUUGCUAUUAAGACUUACACAGAAGCAAUAACAACUGUAGACCCUGCACAGGCAUUUGGAAAACCAAGUAAAAUCUGGAUAAGCUUUGCUCAUUUUUAUGAGUAAAAUGAUGAUGAUCUUGAGAAUGCUAACCUAAUACUACAUAAAGCAUCCUAACUAAAUUAUAAAAGCUACGAUGAAUUAGCAAAUAUUUACUGCUGCUGGGCAGAGAUGUAACUAAGGCACAAGAAUUAUGAGUCUGCACUUUUGGUUAUGCAGUAAGCUUGUACAGCAAAUAGACCUCACAAAGGCAGAAAGGAAGAAAAAGAUGAUGGUCAUCAGAAAACUAAUAGCCUGUACAAUAACUUGAAAUGCUGGUCAUUCUAUGUUGAUCUGCUUGAAAGUAUCAGUACUGUAGAGAAUACAAAAUCAGCCUACGAAAGAAUGAUGCAGUUAAAAAUAGCAACUCCUCAAACUAUCCUAAACUAUGCUAGAUUUUUACAAUAAAACAAUUACUUUGAGGAAAGCUAUAGAGUUUAUGAGAGAGCCAUAGGAUUAUUUGACUGGCCUCACUUGUAUGAAAUUUGGGGAUGCUAUCUAUCCUCAAUAAUUGAAAGAUACUCAGAUGCCAAAGUUGAGCGUAUUAGAGAUUUAUUUGAGCAAGUAUUAAAGACAGCCCCUUCCAAGCAAGCUAAAUUGUUCUAUUAUAUGUAUGCUGAUUUUGAAGAACACUUUGGACUCAUUAAUCAUGCAAUGAAAAUUUAUGAUAGAGCUUGCAAAGACCUUGAUAAAGAGGAAAAAUUCGAAGUUUAUAACAUGCAAAUCGCCAAGGCAGCAGAGUUCUACGGCAUUUAGAAAACCAGAUAAUUAUUUGAAAGAGCCUUUGAGCUUCUUUAGGGAGAGGAACUUAUUUAAGUAGGAUUAAGAUUUGCAAAGAUGGAAAGAAAAUUAGGAGAAAUCAAUAGAGCUAGGGCUAUAUAUCAGCAUCUUAGUUAGUAUUGUAAUCCGAGAAUAAAAAUCAAUGAAGAUCAAUUUUGGAAUAUAUGGGAAAAGUUUGAGGUAUAUCACGGUAACGAGGAUACAUAUUCAGAUUACAUGAGAGCAAAGAGAACAGUCGAGUUAAGGUAUUCUGUCAUCAAUCCAAUAGCAUCACUUAACAUGGAAUCGUCUAAACUGGCUUAGAUAGAAAUGGAAAAUGACUUAAAAGAAAUAUCAUGA